AUGCGACUCUUCGAACUUCAGGUUGUCGCUUUGGCUCAUCUUGUCAUCUCCCUGAAUGGCUUUGCUGUUGCAGAGCAUGGGAACAGCUCACUCCACGCUCGCGCUACACACGUUGCUUCUCCCGUGGCAUCUUCUUCGCCCUCGCCUUCCCCUACUGGAGAUACUCAGAAGCCACCGGAAUGCACCGGGGUCUUUAGACAGUGCUGUAGUGACUCCACGACCACUACUGAGGAUGUUGUAUAA